UCUCACACGCCGGAUAGAAAAUUCAUCCAUAGGAAUACAGGCACCGAGCCUUACACCGCAUUGGAUAACGUUGAAACACUGACUUAAAAACACAAUCAUGGCCGAUGAGGCUGAACAGGUGCCUGCUAUUACUGUUAAGGAACCUUUAGAUCUCGUCCGUCUGAGUUUAGAUGAGCGGAUAUAUGUGAAAAUGAGAAAUGAAAGGGAGCUGAGAGGAAGACUUCAUGCAUAUGAUCAGCAUUUGAAUAUGGUACUGGGAGAUGCAGAGGAAACUGUUACCACGGUUGAAAUUGAUGAAGAAACUUAUGAAGAAGUGUAUAAAACCACCAAACGGAACAUUCCCAUGUUGUUUGUACGUGGGGAUGGAGUGAUUCUUGUGUCACCACCAAUGAGAGCUGGAGUGUGACAGUUUUGUAAAAGUGUAAUGUUUUAUUUUCAUUGUGCUGUAUGAUUGUAGUUGACUGUUUCAUGCUCUUUUUUUUCUGUCAAUUUCUAUGAACAACUAAAGAAAGCAUGUGCCUUCUGAAGUAUUUUUUUAUUUCUUAGUGCAUGAAAUACUAAAGGAUAGAUAUGUGAAUCCUAACAGUAGCCCAUGUUACAAUAAAACAGAUUUUUUGUUCAUGAUA